AAAAAAAAAAAAAAAAAAAAAAACUUUAUAAGCCAUCAUCAAAAAAAAAUUUUUUUUAUUCAUCAUCAAUCGAAAUGAACAACACUUCUCUUUAUACCUUGAAUAAAUCCAACUUGAGUCCCGAUUGGCCUACAGCACUUAACACCUUCUUGAACCCGCAAACGCUUGAACUACAUAUCACUGUUGGUAACCAAGUCAUCGACACACAAUCUCCUUUUGAUGAUACAACAGAAGAAAGCUGGCCUGUUUCAAGUCGAAAUGAAUUCAUAAUACAUCCUUUCCUGAAUCCUAAUCAGCCUGUCAAGGACGCAGAAGAUUUGCUACUGUUGGCAAUCCCCACCUAUGUAUACCAUAUAAAAAUGAUUAACGAUCAGAAAUAUGAAAUACAAAAACAAGAGGAAGAAUACCUGAUACCAACCGCUUUGAAUGCCAUACAUAAAAGGUUCACUUAUCCUCCCACAACAGAGAAACGCGACACGUAUGCUCCAAGGAAAGAGAUGAAUGGAUACGCCAACUGCUUCGACACAACAUGCCCAAUAAUACGUUGAGACUGUUUUUGAGGACAAUAUACGAUGGAGACCAUCUUCUUGAUGGGCGUGGGAAGUCAAAAAGAAUUAUGUAUGUGAUACGGUGAUUGAAUUUUUUUUUUACUUUUUCUUGAAAUUUCACUUAUUCCUUUUUACUACCUCUCUUCGAAUAUUAAAUUCAAUUAUCCUUUUUCUUUACCAUUAUCACCUUAAUCAAAAAAAAAUUAUAUUUAUUAUUAUCAAGUACAAAUUAUCUUUUAUUUUCU